AUGGCCGAACAUUCUGCGGUCAAGUUAAGUGAUGGAGCAUCUGUGCAAGUUAAGUUGCUCGGUGACACCGAUAAGACAAAUCCCCUUCUCAUUGCACUCCAUGGUGCACCCGGCCUGUCAGACCACAGGGAGCCUGAAUCGUCGUUUGGGUUUCUUGCCUCAAACUUCAGAGUGCUUGUCUACGACGCCAGAGGAAGUGGUGAAAGUGACUUGAAACCGCCAUACACUGAUGCUCGAUGGGUCGCCGAUGUGGAUGAGCUCCGAAAAUGGGCGGGAGCCGAGAAGUUCAUUCUAGCAGGAGGUUCAUACGGUGGCUUCGUUGCCCUUCAAUACGCCAUAGUCCAUCCAGACCGUCUUCUUGCACUCGUACUUCGAGACACCUGGGCAAAUGGUCUCCGCGGAAGCAUCAACUUCUUGAAGAACAUUCUUACCAGCGACCGUAUCCAGCCAGACGGGGAUCGACAGGUGCGUCUCGUAAGCGGCGGCGUGAGGAGCAACGAGGAUUUUGCAAACGCCUUUGCGGAAAUUGUUGGCAUCUACACUCCGAAGAAUGGGUCGACAGAUUCGAAAUCUGCAUCGUCGACUUUCGAGGGCAACGCCAUUGCGGAGACACAUCAUUUGCAUUAUGAAACCCACAACUUUGCCUUUUCUCACAACAUACCCCGCUUCGAUGUUCGAUCGAAGCUGAAGGAUAUCACAGCGCCGACUCUCGUAGCCACUGGCAGACUCGAUGUUGUCGUGCCGGUCGGUUAUGGCGAGGAGAUCAGCCAAGGGAUUCCGCAAAGCGAGCUGGUAAUAUUCGAGAAGUCGGGUCAUAUCCCGCCCUCGGAUGAGCCCGAACUGUUCCAGAAAACGGUGACUGAAUUUCUGGCGAAGUGGAUCGAAUGA